GCACGCGGAAGCCGCGCGCACGGCGGCCGGGUUUCCGCAGCGGCGCCGGCGCGGCCCCAGCGCGGCCGCCGCCCCUGAGCCAUGUUGCGCGGCCUGGGCAGCUGGCUGGGGCUGGAGCGGGCGGGCGAGGAGCAGCUGCUGCCCGCCGGCAAGAGCAGCGGCCCCGCGGAGCGGGAGCAGGACCAGGAGGAGGAGGAGGAGGCAGGGUCGGCCGGGCAGGAGCAGGGCGAGCUGCAGGGGGACUCGGAGGCGCUGCUCAGCCAGGCCAAGGGGUUCGGCAGUUACCUCUUCAAUUUUGCCUCUGCUGCUACAAAAAAGAUAUCUGAGUCUGUUGCUGAAACAGCACAGACUAUAAAGAAGUCUGUAGAAGAAGGAAAAAUUGACAGUAUCAUCGAUAAGACAAUUAUUGGAGACUUUCAGAAGGAACAGAAGAAAUUUGUCCAAGAGCAGCAAACCAAAAAAUCAGAAGCAGCGGUGCCUCCCUGGGUAGACAGCAAUGAAGAAGAAACAAUUCAACAACAAAUACUGGCCUUAUCAGCAGAUAAACGGAAUUUUCUGCGGGAUCCUCCAGCAGGUGUGCAGUUUCAUUUUGACUUUGAUCAAAUGUACCCUGUUGCACUGGUGAUGUUACAGGAAGAUGAGCUUCUCAAUAGGAUGAGGUUUGACCUUGUUCCCAAACAUGUAAAGGAGGAAGUGUUCUGGAGAAAUUACUUCUACAGGGUGUCCCUAAUUAAACAGUCUGCACAACUCACCGCGCUUGCGGCUCAACAACAAGCAGCAGGAAAGGAAGAGAACAAAAGCAGACAAGAGGAUAGUGAACUGAAAGAAACAGUACGGCCAAAGACACCACCUGUUACAAUAAAGCCUCAAAUAAAAUCACAAGAGGAUGAGGAAGAGAUUUCCACGAGUCCAGGUGUAUCAGAAUUUGUGAGUGAUGCUUUUGAUACCUGUAAUCUGAAUCAGGAAGAUCUAAGAAAAGAAAUGGAACAACUAGUGCUAGACAAAAAGAAAGAAGAGACUUCAGUAGUAGAAGAAGAAACUGCUGAUUGGGAAAAGGAAUUACAGCAAGAGCUUCAAGAGUAUGAGGUGGUGACAGAAUCAGAAAAGCGUGAUGAAAACUGGGACAAAGAAAUAGAAGAAAUGCUGCAAGAAGAAAAUUAAGCAUUUUCACAAAAUCACUAUAACCCAAAGCUCUUUCGGAGGACUGACAUGGAUUUAUGCUUUCAUAUCUUGCUUACAAAAAUAUCUUCAGAAGACAUAAAAUAAUCUAAAGUUGUUAUAAUUCCAUAUGGGAAUACAACCAGUAUUUCUGUUCUUUAUAUGAGCAGUUUCUGAACUUCUAUAUUCUUCAAAAGAAAAAAAAGAGGAGGUAGAUACUGCAGGUUAUAAUUAAAAGUGAUAGCAUUAAUACAUGAAGCAGUGGUUCAGUUUGAGGCCUUUUUAGGUGAUCAAGAAGCUCUUCAAAGAGAUUUCUAAAUCUAAGAAUCGCUUUUUUUUUUCCCUACAGCCUUCUGUUUGGGAUGCAAAAAUGGAUGUUGUAAGUAACUUAGUCCUUGACAACAAUUCUCUCUUGACAUUUGCACUCUGAUCCCUGUAUAAUCUGUAAAUGUGUACUAUUUUUAAGGUACUUGUAGUUGGUAGAUUUCACAUGUAUUUAACUUCUUUGAUGUAUGUAACCAAAGAAUUUAUAGAAAACCCUAUCGAAUAACUUUCAAGGAUUUGGUAAAACAUACUAAUGCAGACUCCAAAAGAAGCUGAUUAUUUAUCAGUCAAGCAGCAAACAUUUAAGCAUUUAAGUUAAGGUAGAAUUAGCAAGUGGUUGAAUUAAAUUUGUGGUUGUGAAUCAUAUUGAGAUACUGCCUUUCCCCACAGAGAGAAAUGGUUUCAUGCAUUCUUUCUGCAGAAGGCUGUUAUGUUUCCAUUCAAUUUUACUGUAUGAGCUGAGAGCAAAUUAAAUAUUUCUCCUUAUUUUAAGUGCUGAAACAUUUAUGUAAAGACUUUCACUGGUUUGGACAUCUUUAUUAAAUACUGUAAAUAUGUAUAAAAUUGGCUCAUUUAUUUUGGGGUGGGCAGGGAGGAGUAAAUAUGCUUCAGAUACAGAUUUUAAAAAUACACUUUUUUACAGUGCUUAAGACAUAGAAUUUAAAGGUAAAAACAGAGGGUUUUUCUCUAAGAGGUUUUUGAUUCUUCAUAGGUAUCUGAAUGUUUCCUGUGGUUAUACCAUUAAGUCAGUUCUUUAUAUAUAGAUAAAUGAAGAUUUUAUGUUCUGUUUGUCGUCUGUUUGAUAAACUUCUAUGACAAAAUAUUCAUGAAAUUCCAAAUACAAAGGAAAAUGGGUAACACUGAGUAGGUCGGAGCCAUUAAGCACAAUUGAAUUAUAGCCAUUUUACAUAUAGUAAGCUCUGUCUUAAUGACAUAAUUCUGCAGAAAACUUUUGUAAAGACUAAAGAGAUUGUAGCUGUAAUUACUCAGUCAAUAUUCAUCCUGUGGGAAAUGAAAAGAGCUAAGUACAGUGCUGUUACUGUAAGAAAGGACUAUUUUAAAUGGUCUCCAUUAGCAACUUGGACAGAAAGUUCUCCUCUAUUUCUCAUUAUGGAAAAGGAAUUGUUUUAAACCUGCAUACAUUUGGCUUCUCAAAUUAGUUUAUUGCCAUACACUUUCUCAACUGCAAACCAUUUUAAGCACAAUUUAUAUUUUUAUUGUGUUUUUCACUUAGUUAACAGAUGUGAGGUAAGUCACAGUAAAUAAGAGGUACUUAAGGAGCUUUUUAUAUCUGUGAUUAAUUAAAGACAACAAAAGUUAAAUCUGUUGUGCUUAGAAAAAUAAGACUAUUCACAGCUCGAUGGUUACUCUUGACAAAUACAGCUGCUGUAGACUUAAGCUGGAGAUAUUAGAAUCUGUCUACUGUGCAAUUUGAUGUGAUGCCUUCUAAAAAGAUGGGUAGUUCUAUUCUGAUGGUGGCAAAUAUUCCCUGGAUGACUGAGAGCUCCAAAAUCGCUGUUCCAAAAGUCCACUUUCUUAAAAGUAAGCCUGAUCAUUCCUAAUUUAAAAAAUACAAUAAUGUAGCAAGGUUGAAUUUGACUUGAGCUCUGAUAUUUAAAGUCUCUUAUCAAAAGUCACAUUAAUAUUUUCAAAUCUGGGUAUCUGGUUUUAAGCUGAAAAAUUUAGGUAAAUUCUCCACAAUCCUGCAGUUUUCAGGCCUGGCCUAUGCCUUUCAUUUAGUUAGGUGCUACAAGUGCCUAGCAGUUCUUAUCGUGCAUGGGAAGAGGGAAAGUUUCUGCAUUCAACUUGCCACGUGACAGGAGUACAGGUAGACCUCUUCACGUUCAUGCUGAAUUUUGCAUGCCUUUGUACCCAAAUGUGUCAUAAUAGUAUAUUACAUAUGCAAGUGUGCUGGUCUUUUCUUAUCAACAUCGUUCCAAGCACUGGGAUGGUGCAGAUGCUAAAAUCCAGCAAAACAGUGCCACAAAAUCAGUGACAAAAAGAAACUAAAAAUGAAUGCAAAUAGCAUCAUCCUGUGGAUAGAGUGCGACAGAAAGUACAGUUGUUCAAAACAUUGAGAAGUAGUAAACAACAAGUCAAAAGAUAGUUAACAAAUUUUAUUAGAAGAUAAACUUGCAGGCUUUUUAACUUUUGGGAGAUGGGGCAAAGAUCACCCAGGAAUUAUGUAGGUUAGCUUAGAAUAGCUCUGAGAUACCAACAUCUCCUCUUACUCUGUGUACUGAAAAAUCAUCUUCAGCUAUUAGUUCAUAAUUCAAGUGGGUAUUAGUUAAUACCUAUAUGGAACUUUUAAAAUUUAAUAAACUAUCUGGAGGAAGAGGAAAGUUUGUAAAAUCCAGGAAUAAGAAAAGUGUGGUGAAAAGUUCCUCUACAUUUUGAUUUGAUCACUUACAGAUUAUCUGUUAUCAAAGUUAAUCAAAGCUUUCAGUUUCCUGAAUUGUUCUAGUAAACUUUUAAUUCUUUUAG